AUGAGCGACAUGAAGCCGAACGAAGCGCCCGAAGGUGAUGAGAACGGAGAGGAGAAAGACUGGGCUGCGGCCAAAGCCUUCUUUGAAAACCUGAAAACAAACAAACCGAGACCUCCCAAGCCCCGGUACGCUGUGACCAUCGCCGUGUCCUCUCGCACCUUGUUCAACAUGGUGGCCGAGAGGAAGAUCUAUGAGGAAGAUGGGAUGGAGAAGUAUGUGGCUUAUCAGGUUGAACACGAGAACGAGCCCCUGAAGCCAGGAGCCGCCUUCCCGUUCGUCAAGGCACUAAUGACUGUCAACGCUCGACUGAGGGAGCUCUACCCGGACAGUGAGGAGUUGUUUGACAUCGUCUUGAUGACUAACAACCAUGCCCAAGUUGGAGUACGCCUCAUAAACAGCAUUAAUCACUACGAUUUGACCAUCGAGAGAUUCUGUAUGACUGGAGGGCAAAGUCCCAUUGGCUACCUUAAGGCCUACAUGACCAACCUUUACCUCUCCAAGGACUCCGAGAAAGUCACAGAGGCCAUUGAAGAAGGCAUUGCUGCAGCCACAAUGUUUAUGCCCGAGACUGAAAUCAAGUUGAGUGACACUCAGCUGAGAGUGGCGUUUGACGGUGACGCUGUCCUCUUCUCUGAUGAGUCGGAGAUCAUUGUGAAACAACACGGCCUGGACACUUUCUUUGAGCAUGAGAGGGAGUUUGAGAACAAACCUCUCGCUCAGGGUCCCUUGAAGUGUUUCCUGGAGGCUCUGGGGAAGCUCCAGAGGAAAUUCUAUGCCAAGAACGAGCGUAUGAACUGUCCCAUCCGGACUUUCCUGGUCACGGCCCGCAGCGCUGCCAGCUCAGGAGCCCGUGUCCUCAAGACCCUCAGGAGCUGGGGUCUGGAGAUUGAUGAGGCUCUGUUUCUGGCCGGGGCACCUAAAGGACCCCUCCUGGAAAAGAUAAAACCACACAUCUUCUUCGACGACCAGAUGUUCCACAUCGAGGGCGCCAAAGAGCUGGGCACCAUCGCUGCACACGUGCCCUAUGGGAUCGGACAGAAGUACCACAGGGGGAAACUGAUCGAGCAGCCCGCAAAAGACAAGUGAUCCUCUGAAGGUGAACGCCUACCCCGAACACGUUUGCAUAUCCACUACCCUGUCACCAGUACAGGAGGAGUUUCAUUCCAGAGUAACAAAUUCCAUUUUUGCAAAAUGAUUGACAGCACAAAAUUAAUACAAAUCACAGCAUUUCUUAUAGCAUAGCUCGUAACUCAGCUCCUCUGUCCUUUGUUAACACUGAUAAUGCAAUUACAUUCUGGAUCCUCUAAACGGACAUAGCAGUUUGGAAAUGGACUCUUCAUAUCAUGUCAUUUACCGAGUUGUCAUGUGUGUGUGUGUGUGUGUGUGUGUAUGCCUUUAUGAUGAUUGGAUGUACCUAUUGAGCAGGGAACUAUAUAUUUUUGAUAAGAGUUACACUAAAUGCUGACAUUAUUCCACUUAAUUCUGUUUGAAAGAGAAGGUUGUGCCUUAUGUUAUCUAUGUACCUCUUUAUCAUUACAAAAGUUGAAUUACAUUAGACUUUUUAUACAAGAGUAUAUUUUGGGUAUUCUCUUCCAAAAAGCUUUGUCCUAUGUUUUGCCGGGAGGCAUCUUGUCAGUCAAUAUUUCUGUAAUUGUGCAAGCUUUACUUCAAACCCAAUUGCUGUCUAAGUCUCUCUGUAAAAAAAACUUUUUUUUUUCAUUUACAUUUAAUUUUUUUUCUCUCUGGGUAUCCACUGUUUCCUUUAUUCUUUUAUACAUGCAGGGUGAGGGUAUAGUGGGAAGUUACAGUGUGGGGAACUACUUUGUGCUCUACUUGUCACUGUGGUAGGUGAAUCUAAAAAUAUCACUACACACUGAAGUUUAUCAGCUGAAACAUCGUUUACAUUCCAUCCACUUCAAAAACACUUGCCAAGUGGAAGGUGGACACACUGCAGCUAAACUUUUCCAACAUUUGGACUGUCCUCUGUAGUCAUUUCCCACAUUAAAGAGCACCUAUUAACACAUGGACUGUAUGUUUAAAAGGGACCUUUAUAAAAGGAGAGUGCUUAUGGCUUACUGGGAGCGCUGCUGUUGUCUCUGUUGCUGUUAUGGUAAGACUUGCAAAUAACAGUAGCUUAAACUUUAUAUCGUUUUUCUGGAAACAGUUACAACUCUGUUGUUUACCAUAUUUCAUUUAACCUGUACAUCAGAUGCACUGUAAACUGUUACUGAUUUUUUACUUAUUUUUAGCUACAUGUUGUUUUGUUUUGUCCUAGUGGAAGUAUGCACUGCUGAAUAUCAGUUCUUAAGAACUAGGACAUGUUGCUAAUAAACUUUUUUUUUUUUUUAGCAACACACCACAUGGUAUUUUGCAUUUUAGUUAUCUCGUCUGUAUCACCUCUGUUUUCUUAUUUUGGGUGUGCCAGGCACCGCAGGUUUUGGAUCAAUAAAAAAGAUGUCAACCCAC